AUGUCUGGAGAAGGCCUGGAUUCGGAGCCACCAUUGGUUGACAUCGAUGUAUCCUCUGUGUGGGAAGCCUUGAUGAAUGCGUGCAGGAAACCCGCCAUUGAUCAUACUGGUAAGCAAGCGUUUAUACCUCUGGGACGGCUGCUUCGGAUUCUCAGCCCCCGGAAUGUUGAAAGGAUACUCAGUCAAAGGUUCACAGAUGAGACUUUGAUGAGCCUUGUCAACGAGGUAUAUGGAGCUAAUGGCGAACCAAGAAGACUAAAGAUCAUGGCUACAUUGAUAUUGGUCAAUGGACUCCACUUUCUACUAGACUUUGUCAAUGCAAAGGUAGAAGAUAGUCAGCUCCCACUUACUGUUCACCGACGAGGACAACAAGCCAUCUUAUACGACCGUGAGAAGAAUGAGAUAGAGUCUUCAAAGAAUUGGACUUGGUCCUAUCCCGAAGCCGAAUACUUUACCAUGAAGCAGAUGCAACUAUGCAGCCUAUUCUGCACUAUCGAUGAAGAAGAGCAGUUCAUGGAUCAUUUUCGACUCCCUGCAGAUUUUGUCCUACCAUUUGUGGAUUCUGACCCCCCUGUAAUUCGGUCCGGAGGAUAUGGCAAAGUCACAAAGGUCUUUAUAGAGCCGUCGCACUUAUGGUACCGGGGUAGGUACCCAAAGCCAGAGUGUUUCGCUAUCAAGGCUAUUCAGCACAGCUCAAUAGACCACCCGAGUGAAGCAGACUCUCUCGCGAGACGGCUGGUUAUUAAGAAGCUCGAGGACAGAGAACACCUUCAUCAGCUUCUUUUCUCCUUUCGUCGAGCCGACUAUUACUAUCUCGUUUUCGAAUGGGCUGACGGUGAUCUUACUGAUCUAUGGGAAACGAUGCCAAGCUUAUACCGCCCUGAUGUCGAAGAAGACGCAGUUUGGUUCUUUCGUCAAUGCGCGGGCAUUGUGCGGAGCUUGGGUAGUCUUCACGAGCAACGAUCGUCUUACACCGCCAGCACCGUGGAGGAAAUAGUUCACAUCGCACUGGCGGGAAAGUACGGACGGCACAGCGACAUAAAGCCACAAAAUCUACUUUGGUUUAGUGAUUAUCAAGGAGACAAGAAAGAUCACCUGGUUAUCGCCGAUCUUGGACUUACCCAGUUCAACACAUCACAGUCCAAGUCCCAUGUGUCAUGGGCUGAUGUCAAGGGUUAUACACAAACCUAUAAAGCCCCAGAAAGUGAAGGAAGUGACGGGGUUGGAACCAGAUAUGACAUUUGGUCUCUAGGCUGCGUCUUUCUAGAGCAUGCAUCUGUGUUUCUGAUGAGGGACAAUAGCUGUGUCAGGACGUUCUCAGACAAUAGACUGGAGGAGGAUAAGGAAAAGGAUUUCACAGACACAUACACAGCAAUUGGAAGCAGUGGCAUCCGGGGAGAGGUCAAAAAGACAGUCACGAAAAUGAUUCAAGGUCUCAAAGAUCAUCACUUGUGUGCUCCUUCGAUGUCUGACUUCUUAGAUCUCAUCAGCGAAGGGAUGCUAGUACCAAAUCAAUCUGCUCGGUAUACUGCAGGUAUGGUCUUGAGAGCUCUCAGAGAUAUCCAACUCCGGUGUGACCAGGACCCCAGGUACGCUUGCGUAUCAAGACACUUGCCAUUGAAGGAUCAGUUGAAGUCGAUACCCGAUAGUCGCAUUCCUUCAAGACAGUCUCGGAUCUUGGCAGGUAUCUCAGGAGGGCAACAAGGCAGCAGGGCCAACUUUGACUCGUCCCACACGGAGUCAACCGGAGAUGCAGGGGCUGCUGAUCCAGAAGCGUUGAAGAUGCUUAAUGAGCUGCGUCAUAUGAGUAACGAUAGCAAUUUAUCCCCCGACAACCUACAACUCCAGAUUCCAAAGAUUUGGUUCGAUGGGUCUGUAGGAGGUCUUUUGCAGGAACACAGCCCUAUAAGCGAUUUAAUCCAUAGGGACUGGAUGAAAAACCUUCCUGGCGACUUGAGUCUCACUCAAAUCUCGAUACCAGGAACUCAUAAUAGUCAUGCUAUUAAAUCCAAUGUUGUGGUAGCGUCAAACGGCAAGGUCAACUUUGCCGCCUAUGCGUUAUACAAUCCUGGGAUCGUUUCAAUGUAUGCUGAGGUUUAUACUGCAAUAGCAACAUGCCAAAGUUCUUCUAUGUGGGAUCAACUACAUUUUGGCGUCCGUUGCUUUGAUCUGCGGGUGCGCUCGUGGGAAAAGUUUGAUAACGAGGGAGGUCGCUGGGCGUUUGGUCUGUGUCACGGAAGUGCUAAGCUCAAGGAGAGUCUGACACAAGUUCUUGACGGAAUGGCGGAUUUCCUCAAGAAGUAUCCAAGCGAAACAUUACUCAUUUCUAUCAAAUGGGACGAGGAAAAGCUGGACGGAUCGAAACCUGUUAUAGUCACGCCAGACAAGAACCUUCGCUUCGGCGUGUCCGAGAUCUGGGAUAAGCACAACUGGUUCAAAGGAGCAUAUUGGCCUAAGCUUCACGAAGUACGAGGUCGAGCUAUUUUACUGCGUCGAUUUUGGAAUCCUGAUAAUGAGUUGCUGGGCAUCAACUUCGACGACCCAAGUUUCUUCAAUAACGCCCGCAGCAAGGGGCCCGAAGGCAAAUGGAAGCAAAUGACAGACCCAGGCCGAGAUUCGAUGACCAUCGAGGAGCGCUGGAAAUGUGCGCGAGAUAUGCUCAUCGAAGCCAAGGAAGCUGAUUUCAACGACAACGUUAUGUAUUUUGCAUCGACAUGCGAUGUCUGGCUGGAUAUGGAUGGAAAGAAGCCAAGGUUCUGGGCCCCCUCCUACUAUGCAGAUCAACUAUGUGUACCUCUUCUCACAUUCAUGAAUGGAGAGUAUAGGUCGCAGAAGAAGGGCAGAUACGGUGUUGUUGUCACUGACUUCUGCAACCCGAACAUUUCCCAACUCAUUUUCGAACAAAACUUCAGCCGUUGA